ACUCCGCCAUGGACCACCAGGAGCCCUACUCGGUGCAGGCCACCGCGGCCAUCGCGGCGGUCAUCACGUUCCUCAUCCUCUUCACCAUCUUCGGCAACGCGCUGGUCAUCUUGGCUGUGCUGACGAGCCGCUCGCUGCGCGCCCCGCAGAACCUGUUCCUGGUGUCGCUGGCCGCUGCCGACAUCUUGGUGGCCACGCUCAUCAUCCCUUUCUCGCUGGCCAACGAGCUGCUGGGCUACUGGUACUUCCGGCGCACGUGGUGCGAGGUGUACUUGGCGCUCGACGUGCUCUUCUGUACCUCGUCCAUCGUGCACCUGUGCGCCAUCAGCCUGGACCGCUACUGGGCCGUGAGUCGCGCGCUGGAGUACAACUCCAAGCGCACCCCGCGCCGCAUCAAGUGCAUCAUCCUCACCGUGUGGCUCAUCGCAGCGGUCAUCUCCCUGCCACCGCUUAUCUACAAGGGCGACCAGGGGCCCCAGCCCCGCGGGCGCCCCCAGUGCAAACUCAACCAAGAGGCCUGGUACAUCCUGGCCUCUAGCAUCGGGUCCUUCUUUGCACCCUGCCUCAUCAUGAUCCUUGUCUACCUGCGCAUCUACCUGAUCGCCAAACGCAGCCACCGCAGAGGUCCCAGGGCCAAGGGGGGCCCUGGGCCGGGUGAGUCUAAGCAGCCCUGCUCAGUCCCUACGGGAACUUCAACCAAACUACCAACCUUGGCCUCUCUGGCUGCUUCUGAGGAGGCCAAUGGACACUCUAAGCCUACGGGGGAGAAGGAGGGGGAUACCCCUGAAGAUCCUGGGACCCCUGCCUUGCCACCCAGCUGGUCAGCCCUUCCCAGCUCAGGCCAGAGUCAGAAGGAAGGUGUGUGUGGGGCAUCUCCAGAGGAGGAAGCUGAAGAGGAGGAGGAGGAGGAGGAAGAGUGUGAGCCUCAGGCCUUACCAGCAUCUCCUGCGUCAGCGUGCAGCCCACCCCUGCAGCAGCCACAGGGUUCCCGGGUGCUGGCAACCCUACGUGGCCAGGUGCUCCUGGGCAGGGGUGUAGGCACCGCGAGUGGGCAGUGGUGGCGGCGGCGGGCACAGCUGACUCGGGAGAAGCGGUUCACCUUUGUGCUGGCCGUGGUCAUUGGCGUUUUUGUGCUCUGCUGGUUCCCCUUCUUCUUCAGCUACAGCCUGGGAGCCAUCUGCCCACAGCACUGCAAGGUGCCCCAUGGCCUCUUCCAGUUCUUCUUCUGGAUUGGCUACUGUAACAGCUCGCUGAACCCCGUCAUCUAUACCAUCUUCAACCAGGACUUUCGCCGUGCCUUCCGAAGGAUCCUUUGCCGCCAGUGGACCCAGACGGCAUGGUGA